AUGGCCCACAAUCUCGAAUCCACCAGCGCUCCCUCUGCCCUGGGCAGCUGGAUGCAAGAUCUCUACGCCCGAAUCUUUGUUCAGCCAGACGAUCAAGUUUCGGCAAAUGCCUUCAAAGAAUCGAUUGCCGAAGAUUUCACGGCCAGAAUCAACCAUGAUCACUACACGCGACAAUCAUUCCACGAUGCCAUCAUGAAGUUCCGUGCCGACAACAAGACGACCAUCCAAGAAACAACUGAGCUCCAAUCUUGGGUUGCACCUGAUGGCUCAGGCGCUGGCUGUGUCUCCCAGUUUCUUCGUUUUACCGACUCCAACAAGGAGACUGGCGUUGGUAGCAAUUCUUCUACAUUGUUGAUCGCUAGUAUUAAGGUUAUUGAUGGGCGAAAGAUGCUGGUUGAACUUACUGAGGUGAUGCAGGCAUCUGCUUAG